CAGAAAUCCUGAAGCCAAGCCAGAGUGAAGGCUCAUCUCUCAGGGUUGCAAUCAGCCACCGGCAUCGCCAGCAACAGGAGAGGAUAGAAGAGGCCUGAGAAAUUCUGUGGAUAGCAGGGAAGGAGUGAGUCAAGAAGGACUGAAGAUCCUUGAGAUGGACAGGAUGCCUGAUGGAGUAAGGUCAUUGGAAGUAGGAAAGGAGGCAGUAUAUGGAAGUGACUGCUCUGGCCAGAGGCGCUAAUCCCAGCUGGGAGGACUCAGGACUGGAAGAUGCAGCCACUGCCGUCUGUGUUACGGGCUCUCUUGGUGGCGUCUGGAUUCCUGGCCAUUCAUGCCUUUACCUCUGAAGAGGUGGAACAGGAGUCCUGCCAAGCCCCAGGCCCAGAAGAGCUGGAACAGCACCUGACCCUGGCCCUGGGCCAGGCACUACGACUCUGCUGUGGUCGUGCCAAUCGAGGUGGCCACUGGUAUAAAGAAGGCAGUCGCUUGGCACCAUCAGGCCGUGUGCGAGCCUGGCGAGGCCGUCUGGAAAUUGCCACUCUAGUAUAUGAAGAUGCUGGCCUCUACCUAUGUGUGUCAAGAGGAUCUGGCCAAGUUCUGUACAACCUUACCAUCUCCGUCAUAGAUUCUCUGGCCUCUGGGGAUGAUGACGAAGACAGUGACAGCCCCCACAGGGACCUUCCCAAGGGGCACAUUUAUCCACAGCAAGGCCCCUAUUGGACACAUCCCCAUCGCAUGGAGAAGAAACUGCAUGCAGUGCCUGCAGGCAACACAGUCAAGUUUCGGUGCCCAGCUGCAGGCAACCCCAUGCCCACCAUCCGCUGGCUGAAGAAUGGAGAAGACUUCCAUGGAGAGCACCGAAUUGGAGGCAUCCGGCUCAGACAUCAGCACUGGAGUCUUGUCAUGGAAAGCGUGGUGCCCUCAGACCGUGGAACUUACACCUGCGUGGUAGAGAAUGCCCUGGGGAGUCUCCGAUACAGCUACCUCCUCGAUGUGCUGGAGCGCUCCCCACACCGGCCCAUCCUGCAGGCUGGCCUGCCUGCCAACACCACAGCUGUGGUUGGCAGUGAUGUGGAGCUCCUGUGCAAAGUAUACAGCGAUGCCCAGCCCCACAUCCAGUGGCUGAAGCACAUCGAGGUCAAUGGGAGCAGCUUUGGGGCUGACGGCUUCCCCUUCGUGCAGGUGCUCAAGACUGCUGAUAUCAACAGCUCGGAGGUAGAGGUCUUGUACUUACGUAACGUGUCAGCGGAAGAUGCAGGUGAAUACACGUGCCUGGCUGGCAACUCCAUCGGCCUCUCCUACCAAUCAGCCUGGCUCACGGUGCUGCCCGAAGAGGGGCUGGCGUGGGAAGCUGGUGCAUCAGAGGUGAAGGUCACAGACAUCAUCAUUUACGCGUCGGGCUCAUUGGCUGUGAUUGUGAUCCUGAUCAUUUUUGGGCUGUGCCGGGGGCAGACACUGUCCAGUCGGACGUCCCGUCAGCCCCUUGCUGUGCAGAAGCUCUCACGCUUCCCCCUCAUCAGACAGUUCUCCCUGGAGUCAGGCUCAUCAGGGAAGUUGAGUUCUUCCCUUGUUCGAGGAGGCCGCCUGUCUUCCAGUUGUACCCCUAUGCUUCCUGGCUUUGUGGAACUAGACCUGCCACUCGAUGCCAAGUGGGAGUUUCUCCGGGACAGGCUGGUGCUAGGGAAGCCCCUUGGUGAGGGUUGUUUUGGGCAGGUGGUGCGGGCAGAGGCCUAUGGCAUGGACCCUCAGCAACCAGAUGGGGCAGUCACAGUGGCCAUCAAAAUGUUGAAAGACAAUGCCUCUGACAAAGACCUGGCAGACCUGAUCUCUGAGAUGGAAAUGAUGAAGCUCAUUGGCCGGCACAAGAAUAUUAUCAAUCUGCUGGGUGUCUGCACCCAGGAAGGGCCCUUGUACGUGAUCGUCGAAUUUGCUGCCAAGGGCAACCUCCGAGAGUACCUUCGGGCAAGAAGACCACCUAGUCCUGACUACACCUUGGAGGCACCCAGGACUCCUGAGGAACAGCUGUCUUUCCAGGACCUGGUCUCUUGUGCCUACCAAGUGGCCCGGGGCAUGGAAUAUCUGGAGUCUCGGAAGUGCAUACACAGGGACCUGGCUGCCCGAAACGUGCUAGUUACUGAGGACAAUGUGAUGAAGAUUGCGGACUUUGGCCUGGCCCGGGGUGUUCAUGACAUUGACUACUACAAGAAAACCAGCAAUGGCCGUCUGCCUGUCAAGUGGAUGGCACCUGAGGCCCUGUUUGACCGAGUCUACACUCACCAGAGUGAUGUAUGGUCUUUUGGGAUCCUGCUGUGGGAGAUUUUUACCCUGGGUGGCUCCCCAUACCCUGGCAUCCCUGUAGAAGAGCUCUUCUCACUGCUGAGAGAAGGACAUCGUAUGGACCGGCCUUCCCACUGUCCACCAGAGCUGUACAUGCUGAUGCGUGAGUGCUGGCAUGCCAUACCCUCCCAGAGACCUACCUUCAAGCAGCUGGUUGAGGCCCUGAACAAGAUCUUGACAGCCAUCUCUGAGGAGUACCUGGACCUCUCAAUGCCCUUUGAGCAGUACUCCCCAGCCGGCGAGGACACCAGCAGCACCUGCUCUUCCAAUGACUCUGUCUUCACCCAUGAGCCUCUGGCCCCGGGGAGUCUGGGCCCAAGCCCCUUCAUCUACCACAGUGUAAGGACAUGAGGUGAACCAAACCAGCUGUGAACUGAGACAGCAGUGAUAUGAAUACCCUGGUCUUGGGCUCUGUUUCUGAUCUCAAGAACUUGACUCUGCCCUGGAACUUUCUCUCAGGUUCCUGGCCUUCCCCUAAGAAGGGUAAGAACAGGCCUGAUCUUGAAUGGCUGCCUAUUCAAUACAGUUGUGCCUUGAUUUUUUUUUUUUUUUUUUUACCAGAGCCCAGUAUCAUUGAGGGACAAACACAGGUCCUUUUCACCUGAAGUUGUCCCUGGAAGGACCCAACCCUACCUAAAGCCUUCCCUCCCCUCAUCUCCCUUUUCCUUCCCUUCCUUUCCCUUCCCUUGACCCCAAGGAAUGUUGAUGUACAUAAUGUGUCUAUGCAUAUAUAUAUGACCUUUGAUAAAUUAUUUUUUGGAAUAGA